GGGGCCCCCUACUGACCCCGGGCCUCGGGCACUGCCGGAGUUUCUAAAUGGGCAGUUCGCCCCUGGGGCACUGAUGAUCAGUGUAGCCCCAGCAGUGCCACCUCUCAGUGCACAUCAAUGCCAGCUGCCAGUGCUCAUGAAUGCCACCUGCCAGUGCCCAUUAGUGCCUCAUCAAUGCCAAAUAUCAGUGCCUACCAGUGCACAUCAAUGUCACAUAUCAGUGCCCAUCUGAGCUCUACCUUCAAGUACCACCUAUCAGUGCCAAUCAGUGCCACCUAUCAAUGCCAGUCAGUGCCACAUAUCAGUGCUGCAAAUCAGUACCGCCUAUCAGUGCCAGUCAGUGCCGCCUAUCAGUUCGCAUCAGGGCUAACUAUCAGUGCCAGUCAGUGCCGUCUAUCAGUGCCAGUCAGUGCUGCCUAUCAGUGCCAUAUAUGAGUGCUGCCUUUCAGUGCCAUCAAUGAUGCCUGUCAAUGCCCAUCUGUGCCACCUAUCAGUGCCUCCUCAUCAGUGCCCAUCAGUGCCACCUAUCAGUGCCCAUCACUGCAGCCUCAUUAACGCACAUCAGUGAAGGAGAAAAAUCACUUAUUUACAAAAUUGUAUAACAAAUACUAAAAAAAAAACAUUUUUUUUUUCAUAAUUUUCAGUUGUUUUUGGUUUGUUUAGCAAAAAAUAA